AUGUUGGUUCUUGAGAUGAUAGGAGGAAGGAACCAAACAGAUGCAAAUGACUCUACGUCAAACACAAGCUCAAUGUACUUUCCUGAAUGGAUCUAUAAGGAUCUUGAGAAGGGAUACAAUAAAAGGAUUAUCGAGAAUGGUAUCAAGAGCGAAGAAGAAGACCUAGUGAGGAAGAUGAAAUUGGUGGGUUUGUGGUGUAUUCAGUCUUCCCCAUCAGACAGCCCACCAAUGAACAGAGUUGUGGAGAUGAUGGAAGGAAGCACAGAUUCUCUUGACGUCCCUCCUAAACCUGUUUUGCAGCAUAUUCCAGCAGUUAUUCUUCCUGAAUCUUCUUGGAUUUCAGAGGAGAUAUUGAGCCCCUUUGAGAUGUGGUCUUGGUCCGAUGGUGUUGCCAAACGUCACAUAUCCUUUCUGGGGAGACGCCAUCGUUUUAAGCUAGAUCUUACGGGUGAGAACACCGAUCUAUUCAAUUGUCCAGAUUAUCGGUUGACAGUGGAACCCUCUUUGUUUACUUGCGAAGGAAGCAACAAGAGUUCGGUAACCUAUUACACCUUUCAACCAUCGGACACUAUAAGAGACGGGGAACACACAAAGGUUGGAGCUGUUCCGGUGCUAAGCUCUGUUUAUGGAGCUCACCACAAAACGUGCCACAAAAAUGAAAUUGGCAUCAACUGGCGCAUUAAGAUUGCCAUGGGUGCAAUGUUAGCAGGAUUUGGAAUUGUCAUCAUAACACUAAGUCUAUGGAAGGUGAAAACAUUUUGUCAGAAAGAUCAAAACCUUGAAGCACUUAUACCACUGAAACAAUAUAGUUAUGCACAAGUAAAGAAAAUCACAAAGUCAUUCACACAUGAUGGGAAAGGAGAAUUUGGGAUUGUCUAUAGCGGAAACCUUGGUGAUGGCAGCAAGGUUGCAGUGAAGGACGGGGAGGAACGAGACGGAAAGGAAAUGUACAUGAUGAGGAAAAAUGAGAUGAGAAUGAAUGAGACGGUGCAAAAUGGGACAAGGCGGAAACGAGAAGGAAUAAACAGGACGGGACAUAACGAGGCCAAAAUUAUACCCGACAAGGCAGAACGAGACGGGAAGAAAGGGAUGGGGCAAUACGAGACGGGAAAAAACAGAACGAGGAGGAACGGGGAGGGAAAUAGGACAGGGAGGAACGAGAUGGGAAAUAGAACGGGAUAG